AUGGUCGCGGACAAGGGGAGGCUAACAUGGUCUGACAAGGGGAGGCUACAUGGUCGGAGCAAGGGGGAGGCUAACAUGGACGGACAAGGGGGAGGUUUACACAAGUCGAACAAGGGGCGAGGCUACAAUGGUCGAGACAAGGGGGAGGCCUACAUGGUCGGACAAGGGGGAGGCUACAUGGUCGGACCAAGGGGGAGGCCUACAUUGGUUGGACAAGGGGGAGGCUACAGUGGUCGAACAAGGGGGAGGCUAGCAUGGUCGAACAAGGGGGAAGCUACAUGGACGGUACAAGGGGAGGCUACAUGGUCGGACAACGGGGGAGGUUCCAACACGUCGGACAAGGGGGAGGUCUUACAUUGGUCGGACAAGGGGAGGCUAACAUGGUCGAACCAGGGGAGGCUUACAUGUCGAACAAGGGGGAAGCUAUCAUGGUCGGACAAGGGGGAGGCUACAUGGUCUGACAAGGUGGGAGGCCUACAGUGGUCGGACAAGGGGAGGCUACAUGUCGACAAGGGGGCGGCUCACAUGGCGACCAAGGGGGAGGCUACAUGCCGGAGCAAGGGGGAGGCUACAUGGUCUGGAACAAUGGCGGGAGGCUACAUGGUCGACACGAGGGAAGCUAUCAUGGUCGACAAAGGGGAGGCUAGCAUGCAAUGGUCGGACAAGGGCGGAGGCCUACAUGGUCGGACAAGGGGCGAGGGCUACAUGGUCGGACAAGGGGGAGGCUACAUGGUCGGACAAGGGGGAGCGCUACAUGGUCCGACAAGGGGGAGGCCUACAUGGUCGGACAACGCGGGGAGGCUAAUGGUUGGACCAAGUGGGGAGGCCUACAUGAAAGUCGGACAAGGGGGAGGCUACAUGGUCGGACAAGGGGGAGGCUACAUGGUCGAACAAGGGGGAGGCUACAUGGUCGAACAAGGGGGAAGCUACAUGGUCGGACAAGGGGGAGGCUACAUGGUCGGACAAGGGGGAGGCUACAUGGUCGGACAAGGGGGAGGCUACAUGGUCGGACAAGGGGGAGGUUCGGCCAACAGAAGGCAACGAGAGAGCGGCGGUAACAGCGGGCGCGGUGAAAGAAGAAG